GGGCACGGCGGUCAACGAAUUUAUACCGUUCGAUCCAUCCAUGCAGCACCAUCUCAGUCGCAUACCCCACAGCCACCCACCGGCGCGCCCACCGCCCACCGCCGCUUCAUAAAUCGUUCAACACCACUCGCCGCCGCCACCAACCUCUCUCUCUCUCUCUCUCUCUCUCUCUCUCUGCAACAAGCAGGGACCGAGGACCGAUGGGCAACUGCCAGGCGGCGGAGGCGGCGACGGUGGUGGUGCAGCACCCGGGCGGCCGCGUCGAGCGGCUCUACUGGGCAACCAGCGCCGCCGAGGUCAUGCGCGCUAACCCGGGACACUACGUCGCGCUCGUCACGCACCGUGCCGCCGCCGAGGAGAAGCACCCACAGAUGCAAGCCGAGGAGAAGGGGCGCGGCACGGCGCGGGUGACGCGGGUGAAGCUGCUCAAGCCCCGGGACACGCUGCUGCUCGGCCAGGCCUACCGCCUCAUCACCGUCGCCGAGGUCACCAAGGCGCUGCAGGCCAAGAAGGAGGAGAAGACCAAGAGGGCGCAGCAGCAGCAGCAGCCGGUGCUUCAGCCAAAGCAGGCCGGUGGGAGGACCGGUUCCGAUGACGACUCACAGGCGCAGCAGGAUGACAGUCUUGAUCAGGACAGGGACGGCCACCGGAACAACUCUAGCUCAGCAGCGCAUUCUGGCGCGAGGCACCGCCAUUGGCGCCCUUCUCUGCACAGCAUCGCCGAAGUCAGUAGCUAAUGUGAACGAUCUGCGUUCUAGAGUUUAUGUUCAUCAGAAUUCAGCCUGCAGAGGAAGAGUAGCUGUGCCGAUGCGAUAAUCGGUCGAUUUCUGUGUUCGACACCGUCAACACAAAAACAUGAACACUUAUUCUCUGAAGGGGCUUGUAGUUAGGAUCGAGCCCAUGUAAGAAGUCACAGAUCUUACUCAUGUCAUUUUAGCGAGUUUAAGAUCAAUUGGGACACUCUGAAAUGUUAAGAAGAGAUAGAGAGAAGCGUGCUGUACUGUUAUUUUCAGACAUGAUGCAAAGUACAUCUCUUUGCAGAUAGCUUUUGAGGAUCUAGUUUCAUAUUGUAUUGCGUGCUUGGUGCCGGAUUGGCAAUCAUAAUAUCAGUGCAAUGAUGCGGCA